AUGCUGCAAAAAAGGAAGAAACAGCAAACUGCAAAGGCCCAUUUAAUUGUCACGGGUCCUUCCGAUUCCAUAGAAAAAAGUUCUUCAGAGAAAGGAGACGCUCGAGAGGAAGAAAUCACGGAAAAUUCAAAAUCAGCCGGUAAGAAACAUUCAAAGAAAAAGAGAUCAAAGAUCAAGUCCAGUUAUGAAAAAGAUAAAAUCGAAAGGAAGUUGGAAGCUUUGGUGUUUGGUGACGGGGAAAUUGAAGAAUUGGACGAUGCCAAGGAGAGAGAUCAUGAAAAAAGUCGGGAAGGGGAGAUGACAGAAGUCGAAAAAGACGGGAGUGUCGGCGAUACCGGCGAAACGAGCGAACUGAAGAAACCUAUAUUUGUUAUUGAUACCUCGGCAUCUGUACCCACCGUAUCGAUCGAUGAGCUUGAGGCGAAACAAGACGAUAAGAUGGAAGAUCUGUCAAAUGAUGAUUCAGAAUCAUUCGAACCCGCAAGUGCGUGGCACGAUUCUGAUGAUGAGAGAAUAUUCGUAUCAUUAAAAAGCAAAAAUAUGUUGAAGAAGUUGAGGAAAACUGAAGAAGAGAAUAUCAUACCUGGCGACCAAUACGAGAUGAGAUUAAGACACCAGUUUGAGAAAAUAUAUCCGAUGCCAAAAUGGGCAACUAAAUCUCGAAAGAGGAAACGGGAGGGAAGUGAUUCUGAUCAUUCAACGAAUGAAGAUUCAUCUGAUGAGGGAAAGUCAGAUGCGAAACACAAUAAUGAAGAAGAUCAAGUCUCUGAACGGAUAAUUGAAAUACCGAAAAUAGCUCGGUCGAAGUUAUUGCCCGCGGGUAAACUUGAAGUCACAAAAGUAAAAGAUGCGAAUCAACAGGCUUAUUCACAGGCUGGCACCAUUGACAGAUCUAGCGGAAUAAUAGGAUUUGAGUAUAAAUCGUUGGAAAAUUUUUCAAUAUCGCCGUGUGGAAAAUACAUUUGUUUCCCUGGUUCAAAUGGAAAUUUGGUGUUGGUGAAUUAUCAGACUAAACAAUUUGUGGCCACUAUGAAGAUGAAUGGAACAGUGAAUUCGGUGAACUGGUCGAGCGACGGAAAAUAUCUAUUUUCAAUUGGCAAGGAUGCCGAG